ACCAUGUUGUUAUUUUUGUUCCUAUUUCCUGCUGCCAGAAUUCAUGUGAUCUCUGUGGCGCUUCCUGGAGUGUUGCAUUUCGCUGUAGUCCGAGCAUAUUUCUCUCCAGUAGAAACGCCACGACCCUCGAAGAGACCCCGGCCGCAUCGCCCACGGUAUGGCGGACGGAGAGAGGUCGCCGUUGCUGUCAGAUGUAAACGGGGCGAACGGGCUGUUAGCAGGAGAUGAGCCGAAGAGACCCCACAGUUUCCCAGCAUUUUCCAAUCCUCCACCACCACCUGGGUUGCUGGGUGAGGCCCCGCCACCGUACUCCCCGCUGGCCUCUCCUGAUAGCAGCAGUGCCCCUGUCAUCAGCUGCCGAGUGUGCCAGUCCCUCAUCAGCGUGGAGGGCAAGAUGCACCAACAUGUAGUCAAGUGUGGCGUCUGCAGCGAGGCUACGCCUAUAAAGAACGCCCCUGCUGGGAAGAAGUAUGUGCGCUGUCCUUGCAACUGUCUCCUGAUCUGCAAAGUCACCUCGCAGAGGAUUGCCUGCCCUCGGCCUUACUGUAAGCGCAUUAUUAAUUUAGGUCCUGUCCAUCCUGGUGCAGGGAGUCCAACUCCCCAACCUACUGGAGCGAGAGUGUCCUGUGGCCACUGUGGAAACACCUUUCUGUGGACAGAGUUUACAAACCGCACAUUAGCCCGCUGUCCUCACUGCAGAAAAGUCUCAUCGAUUGGCCAGAGGUACCCAAGGAGGCGGAGUUUGAUCUGGUUUGUCUUGUGUUCGCUCUUCAUCAUUUCAACUGCUGGACUGAUGGCUGGUACAUGGGUAAAAGCCCAACACAACCAGAGGCUCUACGUGCUCUGGGCUUUUUUCAUUCUUCUAGUACUAAUCAGCCUGGCCAGGGCUUUACACUGGGCUUGCCUGAAGAUCAGCGAACCAUUGCACAACUACUCAUAAACAGAGAAACAGAGAGAGAGUAAGACAAAUGAAGGAUUAUGGAAGGAUGACAAAUGAUGGAAAUUUUAUUGUUUGAAAUAAUGGCAUGUUUUGUGUUCAGCUUCCCCCUUUUUUAGGUGAGCAUGGGGACAAAUAUUUAAAAAAAAAAAAAAACAGUUAAAAAGUGUAAAAGAUUUUUUGUUGUGUUUAUCGUGCAAACCUUCAACACAUUGACAGAUUUCCCAUAAUAGAUUCUAUAGUAAUAGGUUCUAUAGUUUCUGAAAACAUGCCUGAGACAUGAAACUACCUCUACCAUGUUUCAGACAUGCCUCGAAAUGAAUUUUGGUGUUUUUUUGUAACCUCCUCUAUAGUUUUCCAAAGCCACAAUUAUCACUAAUCAUUAUGUAUAGCAGUGCGUUUUUCUUGUUUUCAAUCUACUGCAAAGCAGUCCUGUAUUUACCUUUGAAAGAAAAUUUCAAUUUGGAAUUCUUCUAUUUUUACAUCCAAAUUCCAAAGGCAGAAGCUUGUUGAUACCUAUGUUGAAGGUUCAAUAAAUUUAUUUUGUGCAAUAUGCAAGAGGCAUACAUCAAUACUAACUUUCAGCUGUAGAGUUGAAAUGAGGGUAACAGGACACAAAAAUGCCAUUAUUCCUAAACACCAAAGACUAAUGUGACAUUCUCUACUCUUGCCUAAUAUAUGUCAAAGAAAGCAAUUUGACUUUACUGUUGCAGUACAUUUGUGGGACGCUAUUAUACUGUAUCAUCUCGCCUAUUGCAAAUUUACUAGUAGGACAAAUUUUUAUGUUGUUUAUUUUGAUAACACAGAUGCCCCUUAAACCAUGUCCUAAGAAACGUUCUAGCGUAGUUUUGAAUGUCAUGGUUUUAUAAUGGUACAGCCUUUAAUAUGAGGAAUCUGUUGAAUUAGGCAGAAAAUAGGAAUCGAAAGAAAAGCAAAGAAAAAAGCAGGUAGGAAUUAUUUCAGAUGAACUAUUAGUCUUACCCUUCUACAAAUUUUAAUGCAAAAUCCCCAUCUAAUUAUAGCCACAGUGAAACUGAAGCAUAUUAACAUUACUUGAAAAUAGAAUUUGAGACAGUUGUUCUUGCAUAGAAGGCCUUACAUAUAAGGCACUGCUCCCAAGCAUUUUAAAGCAUAAAUAAUCACUGUUUAAUAGAUACAAAUAUUACAUUUUAUAUCCGAGGGUAAAUAAACACAAAGACAUACACUGCCUGUCAAAAAUCUAGGGACACAUUGUGUUUUUUUGAAAAUCUUCAGCUUUUUUUUUUUUUUAGCAUUUUUCAGUUGAUGAAGAAAAAAAUACCUGCAAAGAAUUGUUUACUGACAUUCAACAGAUAUUUAUUAAUAAUUUGUUAUUUUGCACUCAUUUAUGAGUAUGAAGUAGAGAUUGCCUAAAUGAUGAUUAGACUGUGAUCUUUAAAAAAUGUUGCUAAAAGCAUGCAUUGAAAAUCCUUUCCAAAGGUGAAUAAAUACCUGAAAGGGGUUGAGUGCUAAAGGGUGCUGGCCUCAUAAAAAGGGAAUAAAAUGCCUGAGGUACUAUUUGUAAUGAUUUGUAAUGAUAUUAUGUUAUUUACAUUUUGAAAAGAUAGUUGUCCCCAAAUUUUUGAGGGUAGAGUAAAAAUGACAACAAAUAUGCAAAUGUGCAAAAUUGAAUCUUAAGUUACCUUCUUUCUGGACCUUUUUUAAUGAAGCACCAAAGCACAUGUCACUUCUUACAAUUAAUCUGACAUGGAAGUUGAAUCACAGUGCCUAUAUUUAUGUUUAAUUCUCUGCUGUACUUGCAGUCAGUCUUAAUGUGGCAGUGGCACAGACUGAGGUAAUGAUAUUUAAUGCUGUAUGGUAACAUGAAGUUCUUUCCUUUUUUAUUCCAUGUCUUAAUACAGCACUGCAAUUAAUUUGCUGUGCAAAGUGAAUAUUCCUGGACUGUAUAAUCAAAAUAAUUCCAUCAGUCAGCUAAUCAGUCAGCAUAGUCACUCCUACAACAACUGGACAACCACUUUCAAUGUUUUUCUUUGAACUGGAACUUAAUAUUGUGUACACUACAGUCUCAUAUAGAAAAUUAAACCUGUACCUUUUAUUCUAAAUGCAGAAACAACCAGUAGUUUUUUGUUUUUUGUUUUUUUGUUUUUUUUUUGGGAUAUAAUUUGUUUACAGUGUGCAAUUGUACUGUGUUGUGUUUUUUUUUUUUGUUAAUAAAGAUGCACUACGUUUUUGCUGUAUAGCUAACACAAUCCACUCUGCUCAGUGUUGAUUUAUUGUUGAUUUGUUUUUGUACAUUCCUUUGUGACUAAAAACUUUUAAUAAACCCAUUGCUCUGUUCUAAGAAA